AAACGUUCCUUUAACGUAAAAACCCUAAACGUAUAACCUUUUUGAAAAUUUUUUAGGAAAAAUGGAAGAGAAAAAGCUAUUAUCCGACUUUAUGGAUCUGGGUUUAAGCGAAAAUAAAGCGAAGGAAACGCUAAAGAAUGUUGCGGUCACCAAGACCUUAACAACAAUUUUAAAUGAGGUACGUGGAAUUGUAUUGAAAGACGGCAUCGGACUUCUUCUCUAUCACCUCGCGACUCGCACCAAACCCCAAAUUAACGCCCACCUACCGUUCAUCGUAAAAUACAUUGCGACGAAGAAACUCGACACCACUCUCCGCAUCGACAAGGCGAUCGAGUACACGCUGUCUCACGUUAAUAAACUAAACGUGGACGAGUUCGAGAAGCACUGCGGCGUCGGCGUGGUCGUCACGCCCGAGGAAAUCGAACGCGUCGUCGAAAAGCAUCUCGCCAAAUGUAAGGAUGAACUGCUCGAGAAGCGCUAUCGUUACAAUGCCGGUAAAGUCAUCAAGGAGGUGAUGCACGACCUGCCAUGGGCUGACGGUAAGGCCGUCAAAAGCGAAAUCGACGUUCAAGUUUUCGACAUGCUCGGUCCCAAGACGGAGGCGGACGUCGCCACACCCGCCGCGCGCGUCGACAAAAAGGCGAAGGUCGCCAAAGUGGCGGAGAAGGUGGAGCAGGCGGCGGCCGAGGAGUUGACUAUCGUCGACGUAAUGCGAAAGGUGAACUUCCACGCGCCCGGCGAGAAUUUCAAAACCGACGGAUACGUGAUAACCGAAAACACGCACAGGCUGCUGAGAGAGCACCUGAACGCCACCGGCGGACAGGUGCGGACUCGAUUCCCGCCAGAGCCCAACGGUAUUCUGCACAUCGGGCACGCGAAGGCGAUCAAUAUUAAUUUUGGAUACGCCGCCGCGCAGAAGGGCAUCUGUUUCCUGCGGUACGACGAUACCAACCCCGAGAAGGAGGAGGAAAAGUUCUUUACGGCCAUUAAGGACAUGGUCGAGUGGUUAGGUUAUAAGCCGGCCGAUGUUACACAUUCGUCCGACUAUUUCGAUCGGUUGUACGAAUGGGCGGUGCAACUGAUCAAGAACGGUAUGGCGUACGUCUGCCAUCAGACUGCGGAUGAAAUGAAGGGAUUUAAUCCUGAACCAUCGCUAUGGCGGGACCGUCCCAUAGAGGAAAGCUUGCAGCUGUUUCAGGAUAUGAAAAAUGGGAAAAUCGACGAGGGCGCGGCGACUUUAAGGAUGAAGAUCACGUUGGAGGAGGGGAAGCUGGAUCCAGUGGCGUACCGCGUCCGUUUUAUACCUCACCAUCGUACCGGCGACCGUUGGUGCAUCUACCCAACGUACGACUACACCCACUGCCUGUGCGACAGUAUCGAAAAUAUCACCCAUUCCCUUUGCACCAAAGAGUUCCAGUCACGGAGAUCGAGUUACUAUUGGCUUUGCAACGCGCUCAACAUUUACUGCCCGGUCCAGUGGGAGUACGGUCGAUUGAACGUCAACUACACAGUCGUGUCGAAGCGAAAAAUCGCGAAGUUGAUCGAAGAACGGAUCGUGAACGACUGGGACGAUCCUCGAUUGUUCACCUUAACCGCGUUGAGGAGGAGGGGUUUUCCGGCGGAAUCGAUCAACAAUUUUUGCGCCCAGCUUGGCGUUACCGGUGCGCAAAUGUCCAUAGAUCCGUCUAUGUUGGAGGCGUACGUUAGGGACUAUCUGAACAGCACGGCGCCUAGGGUGAUGGUGGUGUUGGACCCUCUAAAAGUGACGAUAGAAAACUACCCUCACAAUAACCCGACCCAAGUGUCCGUCCCAAACUUCCCGAGCAAACCGGAGGCGGGCUCCCACAGUGUCACCUUCGACAGAGUGAUCUAUAUUGAAGCCAACGACUUUAUGGAGGAGGGUGAGAAAGGAUACCGAAGGUUAACGCCCAAACAGUCCGUCGGUCUUCGGCACGCCGGUUACGCGCUGGAGCACAAGGGCGUGAAGAAAGACGCCCACGGUAAAGUGGUCGAGGUCGUUUGCACGUGUAUCGAGAUCGACAAGGUGGCAACGAAACCCAAGGCGUUCGUACACUGGGUCAGCGAGCCACUAGCCGUCGAAGUGCGAUUAUACGAGCCAUUAUUUAGGCAUAAGAAUCCGGAAGAUCCACUCGAAGUGCCCGACGGAUUUUUGAGCGACUGUAACUUGGACUCGCUUAAAAUUCUGGAGAGCUUCGCCGAUCGUUCUCUGAAAGACGCCAAAGUUUUAGAUAAAUUUCAAUUUGAACGUUUAGGCUUCUUUUCCGUUGAUCCGGAUACGACAUUUUCCAAGCUUGUACUUAAUCAAACUGUGGGAUUAAAAGAAGAUGCUGGAAAAUAAUUUAUUAUUUUUUAAAUAAAGUUUGAUUUUACAACCGGUU